AUGGAGAAGGAUCACAUUGAAGACGAGGUCGUGCUAUUUGGCUCUUGGUCAAGCAGCAUCUGCACCAGGGUACACAUAGCCCUAAAACAGAAGGGUAUACCCUACAAGUAUGUGGAAGAAAACCUGCAGAACAAGAGCCAGUUGCUCCUCAGUUACAACCCUGUCCACAAGAAGGUGCCUGUUUUGGUUCACAAGGGCAAGCCCAUUCCUGAAUCCCUACUCAUCCUCGAGUACAUCGACGAGUUCUGGAAAGACGACGCCCCAAUGCUGCUCCCCGGGGAUCCUCACCACCGAGCUAAAGUUCGUUUCUGGGCCAAGUUUCAUGAUGAAAAGAUGGCACCUAAUGUGUACAAGAUGAUAUUUGCCAAAGGUGAUAAAGACCAGGUGGGGAAGGCAGUUGCAGAGUUCGAUAAGUUGCUUACCGUGUUUGAACAAGGGGUUCAGAAUGAUUUCCCGGCCAUGUUUCAAUCCGUUGGUGAAGGGCAUCAAGAGAUGGGGUUUCUGGAAAUUGUGGCGGGUGUGAAAAUCUGCAUUUAUGAAGCUGUUGAAGCGACUGUAGGUGCUGUAUUUGACACAGCAAAGCACCCUGCAUUUACCUCGUGGGUCAACGCCCUGAAGGAACUGCCUUUGAUGAAGGAGCAUCUCCCGCCCCAUGACAAGCUUGUUGCCAGAAUCAAGUUCGUACUUGAUCAAGCUUGA